AUUUUACAAUAAAUUAGUGUAACACUUAUUUUAAUGUUGAUGUUUCUAUAUUUUUGUUAUUAUACUCAUAACACUGCAAAAACAUAGGGUAAUUGUAUGUUUUGUAUACAGAGUGUAUGUUCUCUCACUCGAAAAUUGUCAUAAAAUUUUGUUUUCCCUCCUAAGUAUAUUUAAUAAUUUUCUACUUUAAAACUAUUGUAUUUGUAGAAUUUGUGUACUGUUUUUAUAUAUGAUUUUAAAAUGCCGCUCCCAAAAUUCAUAAACAAUACAAAUGGAAGCUUUUUAUUCACCUCCGAAUCCGUAAAUGAGGGACAUCCUGAUAAAUUGUGCGAUCAAAUCUCAGACUCAAUUUUAGACGCCUGUUUGGAACAGGAUAAGGAUAGUAAGGUGGCGUGUGAAGUGUGCGCAACAAAAGACUUUAUAAUGGUUUUUGGUGAAAUCAGUACAUUUGCUAAUGUUGACUAUGUAGAAGUGGUAAAAUCUGUUUUAAAGAACGUAGGAUACACUUCAACUGCUUUAGGUAUUGAUUCCGAUACAGUUGAAGUUUUAGUCAAAUUAAAAUUGCAAUCGCCUGAAAUCGCCAAUGCUGUACAUGUUGGUAAAGCUAAAGAGCAUAUCGGUGCAGGUGACCAAGGAAUAAUGUUUGGAUAUGCAACUGAUGAAACACCUGAGUGCGUUCCUCUUUCGCACUAUUUGGCCGUGAAGCUGGGCCAAAGACUAUCGUACCUGCGCAAAAGUAAUUCACUGUCAUAUUUGAGACCUGACGCUAAAACGCAAGUCACAGUCGAGUACCAGAAACAUACAAACGGACACAUUGAACCAAAAAGGAUAGAUACCAUAGUAAUCAGCACUCAACACGAUCCAGGAGUGGAUUUUGGGGUUAUGAAAGAGGAUAUAAUGAAGCAUGUGGUGAUGCAGGUGGUUCCAAAGAAUUUGUUGGACGAGAGGACAAAGUAUCUUAUCAACCCUGCAGGUUCCUUUGUCUUGGGAGGACCAGCUUCAGAUGCAGGUUUAACGGGGAGAAAAGUAAUAGUUGAUACUUACGGUGGUUGGGGAGCCCAUGGAGGAGGCUGCUUCUCAGGAAAAGACUCAACUAAGGUGGAUAGAUCAGGAGCCUACUAUGCACGAUUUGUUGCAAAAUCGCUGGUUUUAAAUGGCUUUUGUAAGAGAGUCUUGGUACAAAUCUCUUAUUGCAUAGGAGCGGUAGAUCCCAUUUCCCUGUAUAUUGAUACAUACGGUACUGUAGCAAAGGGCUAUACGGAUAAUGACCUGCAGAAAAUAGUACUUAAAAACUUCGAUUUCAGAGUGGGUUAUAUAAUAGAAGAACUGAUGUUAAAACGCCCAAUCUUCAGGAAAACGAGCGUUUACGGCCAUUUUGGUAGAGAAGAUCCUGAUUUCCUGUGGGAACGACCGAAAGAUCUUUCACAUGAAAAACUAUCCAAUAACCAUAACCUUAUGGUUAACGGACACUAAUUAACUCACUUUGUAUCGUUAAUAUUCUUACAUUAUA